AAUCCUCUGAACCAAACAUGCCACAAGUGCCUUCUAUCUGUACUGAGUUUCAAGCUGAUUCUUUAUCUGCCUUCUUCAUGUGUAGAUUGGACAAGGCACUUACAGCAAUGUUUACCGUGCACGGGAUCUGAAAACUGGUAAGAUGGUUGCCCUGAAGAAGGUAAGUUUCGAUAAUUUUCAACCAGAAAGCGUGAGAUUUAUGGCGAGAGAAGUUAUGAUUCUACGCAAACUUGACCAUCCAAAUAUCAUGAAGUUGGAAGGCAUCAUCACUUCUCGAUUAUCAUGUAACAUAUAUCUUGUUUUCGAGUACAUGGAUCAUGACCUCGCUGGGCUAUUAUCAUGUCCGGAUAUCAAGUUUAGUGAUUCACAGAUCAAGUGCUAUAUGCGGCAACUACUGUGUGGAAUAGAGCAUUGUCACUCACGAGGUAUUAUGCACAGGGAUAUUAAAGCAUCAAAUAUUUUAGUAAACAAUGAAGGAUGUUUGAAAAUAGCAGAUUUUGGGCUAGCAAAUUUUAUGAGAGCAAAGAAUAAGCAACCGUUGACCAGUCGUGUGGUGACUUUGUGGUAUCGCCCUCCUGAACUCCUACUGGGGUCGACAAAUUAUGGGGAAUCAGUGGACGUAUGGAGUGUAGGUUGUGUUUUUGCUGAACUUUUUAUUGGAAGGCCUCUUCUAAAAGGCAGAACUGAGGUUGAACAAUUGCACAAAAUCUUCAAAUUUUGUGGUUCUCCACCUGAUGAUUAUUGGAAAAAAUCGAAACUUCCUCUUGCCUCCAUGUUUAAACCCCAUCAACCUUAUGAAAGUACACUUCGAGAAAGAUGCAAGGAAUUCCCAAAAAGUGCAGUAAACCUCGUAGAGACAUUUCUUUCCAUUGAACCUUACAGGCGUGGUACUGCUGCUUCUGCUCUUGAAUCCGAGUAUUUCACUACCAAGCCUUAUGCAUGUGAUCCAUCAUGCUUGCCAAAGUAUCCACCGAACAAAGAGAUUGAUGCUAAAUUCCGUGAAGAAGUGCGAAGGAGGAAGGUCAGUGCCAUGUCUAUGAAAAAUCCAGGAAGAGUGCAUAAAACUCAUCAAGAUCCAACUAGUUUUGGCACAGUAAUUCCACCUGAGGUCAUAGAGGCCAAUAUUCAAGUUGGUCGAAGACACCAGGGUGGAGGUUCCCAUGUCUACAAGGGAGGACGAGCUACUGUGUCUCAAAUGUCAGCCAAGGCAUCUUAUGAUACAGUGUCAGAGGCUUCUCAAAAGACAAAUGAAUCUCAAGCAGAUAGCGUUAAAACAGUCCCAGUUCAAAUAACAGCAUCUAGCGGCUUUGCAUGGGCAAAAAGGCGAAAACAAGAAGCCAGAAUGACAAGAUUAGGUUAUCGUACUUCAAGAAGUCACAAUUUGGGUACAAAUUUAGGUACAUUAGGCCUAUCAGGCUCAAUACAUCCACAAGAUACUUUAGACGCUGUAGUCCAAGAGUGUGACGAUAUUCCUGGCAAGGUCCGAUCUUACAUCAAAGGCCCUGAAGAGAACACCAAGCAUGUGACCUUUAAACAACAAGAAAUCCUGCUCCAUCGACAGGAUUCUUUUGAUCCGCCCGAUGCAUACAAACCUCAAGAAUUAUCAACGCAUCAUAAUAAGUUGAAAGGGAGGGGUGGAUUCUCAGGGCCACAGUUAUAUCCAUCUCAAGGAACAGAGACGAGUAUGGAUGGUCGGCCUCGUCAUGAUGUUCAUAGAUCACGGUUUUCCUGAGAUUUGUAUUAAACGCCAUCAGAUCAUGCAUAACCGCAGAUUGCACAAUGCUGCAUGGACAAUGCUCUAGCUCUCCACGAUCUUUUCUUCCCGAUGUUCGAUUUUAUAGCAACGAACUAUAUGAAGACAAGAUAGUAUGCACAGAAAAAAAGAGAUUUCCUUCAAAUUCAUACGUAAACGAGAAUAUCAGAAUAGCACAAAAAUGUUAGGUACAUUGUCGAUUCCUAUCAAAUUGGUGGAUCAUUUUGAAAUAUUUUGCCUGAAUGGUGACAACAAAAUGUAAAGAUUAGCCUUCUCACUUCUUCUCUAAUUGUAACUAGAGAUGCCUCCCAACCUACUUUUCCAUUUACACUUCUACUGUAUAUCUAAUUUUGAAACAAUGUGAAUAAUAUGAGUUUGAAAGAUUGAUUC